CUCGCUUUUCGCUGUUUAGGUUAGGCGUGCUGUGUGUUCCCCGGAGGGGACGAGAGAGGGAUCAUUCCUGUCGCCAGAGCCGCGGAGAGAGAGGGAUGCUGCGCGUCCGGUGCUUGCGAGGAGGGAGCCGGGGAGCCGAAGCCGUGCAUUACAUCGGGUCCAGGGUAGGUGCGGAGACCCCGGUGCGCGCGAUCUUAAACCCAGAAUGACCUGGGCGCUCGGAUGGCUCGCUCUGGGCAAGGGGAGGAAAGAAAAGUUCUCCAAGGAUCGAGGCCGUGCGCUCUAUUUAUAUGGGUGCAACUGUAACAAAAGUAUAUUUUAAAAUAGUUUUUUCUUUAAAAACAACCCCGUCUCACUUUGCGCCAUGAAAACAUGCUAGAAUUUGGAAUGAAAAGGUUUCUGUCCUUUGGGACGGUUUUUAAAAAUUAACAUUCGACUACUUUCUAGGCAAGCCAAGCCCCCUAAACAGUAUUUUAAACCAGAACUUAAUUUGGGAGGAAGAAGGACAUGAUUGCGGGGAAGUGAAUCUGUGCAUGUGCAGAGUGCAUUCCUCUCGCCGCUGGACGCUGCUUGCUCAUCAGAGCAGGACUUACGGAGUAAGAGCGUGACUUUGCUGAGGCUUGGAGACGCUCUUUUCUUCUCCUUUUCGGAAAGGGGCCGGGCUAUGAUUAACAGCUUCUCUUAAUUCUUCUUUCUAGGGACUGGAAGGAGUGUGCGUGUCUUGAGAGAAAAGUGGAAUCUGGCAAAAAGUCAGGACUGAAUGUUUGGAAUUUCCAACGCAAGCACAUUCUUGCUUUUGAAAUUUGCAUUGGAGAGCUACCCUUGCUGAAUAUGAAUUUUUAAGACCAUAUAUUUAACUUUCAGGUUUAAAUGCCUUAAAAAACCCCAAGGCAAUGCUUCCAUUUUUAUAGAACUAUUUCCAUAACUCAACUUCUCCAACAUUCCAUAAUUUGGGUGUGUGUGUGUGAAUGGUUUAAAUUAAAAUAUUGCUUACAAGUUUGGGAAGCAAAUCCAAAUUCACUUGAAACUCUUCCCCUCCCCCGUCCCAUUGUCCAAAUUGCUUCCAGCUAUUAAUUUACUCAUCUCUGGCCCUUUGUAGGGUUUAAAAUAUAUAUUUUUUAACCUGAUGCUUAUGUGUGCAUAAAAGAAAAAACAGCUUGUGAAGAUUGCCUAAUUUCUUCUUCUUGAGCUGAUGAUCACAUUGCACUAACCUUAACCAAGCCAGUCUCUGCUCGCACUGCAAUCCUUGCAAUAAUCAUAAUUGCAAGAGUCGGAGCUUCAUAUUCUGUGGAGUUGUGUAUAUGUCCGGAUUGCAUAUGCAGGGCAGGUGAGAGAGACAGAGGGGCUGCAGGUGUGUUUUAAAGCGGCUGGUUGGGCAUGGGGUUCGGUACCAGCUGAACAGCAUCAUGUAUGCUACUUUUACAAAAUAAUGCAUACCUUUUGUGUGCAUAUAUGUACCAUUUCACAAUGUCAGGGUCUGUGAGCUUUAAAAAUGGUCAAAGUGGUGGAAGGGGGUGGUCCUCAUACAGGCUGAGUUAUAUGCUUCCUGGCUGCAUCUGAGGAAUUAAUACUUUUUGUGGUUGGUUGGAUGGAUGGAUGGAUGAUUCCAGUAUGAAAGUGUGACCAUGUGCUGUAUCCAAAUACACAAAUUUGUGGCAAGAGCAUUCCCAUUACCAUGCAUGCAGGAGGUGAGAGGGGAAAAUGUGUACUGUGGUACCUCGGGUUAAGUACUGAAUUCGUUCCGGAGGUCCGUUCUUAACCUGAAACUGUGCUUAACCUGAAGCACCACUUUAGCUAAUGGGGCCUCCUGCUGCCGCCACGCCGCUGGAGCCCGAUUUCUGUUCUUAUCCUGAAGCAAAGUUCUUAACCUGAAGAACUAUUUCUGGGUUAGUGGAGUGUGUAACCUGAAGCGUAUGUAACCUGAAGCGUAUGUAACCCAAGGUACCACUGUACUGAUAAAUUGGAGAGAAAACUUACCUUUCUCUGGAUUGCUAGGUUUCUCACACAAUUACUGCAAACAAGCAUCUUGCAUAUCCUUAACCAAAGCAACAUAAUCCCAGUAUUAUCAACCCAGCAGCGGACCCUGGGGUCUUAAACUUCAGCGGCAAAAUUCAGUGCCCCCCCAUUCUACAUCAUAGUUGCGGCGCCCCCCCAAGUCUCCAUGCCUCGUGCAAUCGAACUGCUCGCGCUCCCCUAAAUCCGUGUCUGAUCAACCCCUUUCCAUACCGCUUCCUCGUGGCAAAACCUGCAUUGCUAAACAGUAAUUUGCUAAUGAAGUGCAUGUGUUGUUGGACCCUAGCAAGCAAACCUUUAUUUCAGCGGUGGUGGUGGUGAUGGUGGGGUCUGUCUUGAUUGAAAUAUGGAGGAGGGAGGAUUAAAAUAUCGAAUGGAGAUGUGAAAUUGUGGGUGUGACACAGAGGGUGCUGAAAUGGAGAGGGAAAGGUUGGGAAGCCACCCUGAAUAUAUAUAAUAUACAGUAAAGGUUCCUUUCCUCCUGGCUGCAACUCAGUGGUACAGAAUCUGCUUUGCACACAUAUUCACCUCCUAGUAUCUCCAGGUAGAGCUUGGAGAGAAUCUUGUUUGAAACCCUCGAUUGGCUACUGCCAAUCAACAUAGACAAUGUUGAGUAAGGUGGACCCAAUGGCCUGACAGCUUCCUGUGUUCCUCUGUUGCUUCCUAGGCCCCUGUCUUGUCAUGUAGAAUCAUAGAAUUGUAGAGCUGGUAAAGGUAAAGGGACCCCUGACCAUUAGGUCCAGUUGUGACCGACUCUGGGGUUGUGGCGCUCAUCUCGCUUUAUUGGCCGAGGGAGCCUGCGUACAGCUUCCGGGUCAUGUGGCCAGCCUGACUAAGCCGCUUCUGGCGAACCAGAGCAGCGCAUGGAAAUGCCGUUUACCUUCCCGCUGGAGCAGUACCUAUUUAUCUACUUGCACUUUGAUGUGCUUUCGAACUGCUAGGUUGGCAGGAGCAGGGACUGAGCAACAGGAGCUCACCCCGUCGUGGGGAUUCGAACCGCCGACCUUCUGAUUAGCAAAUCCUAGGCUCUGUGGAAGCCUCGCUGGAAGCGACCCCAAAUGUCAUCUAGUCCAACCCCCUGCAGAGCAGGAAUCUCAACUAGAACAUACAUGGCAGGUGGCCAUCUUGGUAAAGCUGCUUUGGGCACAGCUAGUGGAAAGGCAGGUAUGGAUCUUUUCAAAUAAGCAAUGAUGGGUGUUAUUUUGUAAAUCCGAUUUGACUAAGAAUGCCCAGUAGGUACAUUAUGUGAACACGCUCAACUGUCUCCUUCUGCGCUUUUGUGUGUACAGUGGUACCUUCGGUUCCUGAACGGCUUAGUUGUCAAACAACUCAGCUCCUGAACACCACAAACCCGGAAGUAAGUGUUCCAGUUUGCGAACAUUUUUUGGAAGCCCAACGUUUUUUGGAAGCCCAACGUCCAACGCGGCUUCCGAUUGAGUGCAGGAAGCUCCUGCAGCCAAUUGGAAGCCGCGCCUUGGUUUUCGAACGGUUUCCGGAGUCAAACGGACUCCCAGAACGGAUUAAGUUCGAGAACCAAGGUACCACUGUAAUCUGUUGUGAGCGAGUUAACUGAAAGAAGGUGCUGCCUUGUCAACAGGACUUAACUUCAAGUCCUGGAAUGUGCACUUUAGCAUUGUGGACUAUCAGGUAAGAAGUUAGCCUCCAACACGCCUUGUCUUACCAGGGAGGUGUCAAAGUUCAAGGUGCGCCAUUCUUCUCAGAUUGACACACAGCAGUUGUGUUGACAGCUGUAAGAGAUUCCUUCCUCUCCUGCCCCAGACUGUCCAUGUCUGCUAGUUGUGAAGUUGGCUAUGUAUUUCCUGCGGUAAGCAGAGGUGAUAUGCAUCUGAAUACCACUUGCUGGAACAUACAUUUAGGGAGGCUGCUGUUGCGCUCCUGUCCUGCUGCCUUAUACAGUGGUACCUCGGGUUAAGUACUUAAUUCGUUCUGUAGGUCCGUUCUUAACCUGAAACUGUUCUUAACCUGAAGCACCACUUUAGCUAAUGGGGCCUCCUGCUGCCGCCAUGCCGCUGGAGCAGGAUUUCUGUUCUCAUCCUGAAGCAAAGUUCUUAACCUGAGGUACUAUUUCUGGGUUAGCAGAGUCUGUAACCUGAAGCAUCUGUAACCUGAAGUGUAUGUAACCUGAGGUACCACUGUACUGAGCUGCCUUAUACUUAAUUUGUUCUGGAGGUCCAUUCUUAACUAGCAACAGCCUUCCAGCAUUCCAGACUAGCUUCUCUCCCAGCCCCACCUGGAGAUGCUCAGGAGUGAACCUGGAAUCUUCUGCAUGCAAGGGAGAUGCUACUUGCACUGGGCUGCAGCCCCUCCUAAAAAGCCCAGUCAAAGGCGACUCUGGGGUUGCGGCGCUCAUCUUGCUUUCAGGCUGAGGGAGCCGGCAUUUGUCCACAGACAGCUUUCCGGGUCAUGUGGCCAGCAGGACUAAACCACUUCUGGUGCAACGGAACACCUUGACAGAAACCAGAGCGCAUGGAAACACCAUUUACCUUCCCGCAGCAGUGAUACCUAUUUAUCUACUUGCACUGGCGUGCUUUCGAACUGCUAGGUUGGCAGGAGCUGGGACAGAGCAACAGGAGCUCACCCCAUCACGGGGAUUCGAACCGCCAACCUUCUGAUCGGCAAGCCCAAGAGGUUCAGUGGUUUAGACCACAGAGCAUGGGGCUAUCUGUUUAGCCCAUUUUAGUGUUGGCUAAGUUUUAAAAUCUUCCUGGAUGUUUUAACUGUGUAUUGAUAAAAUGUAUUUUUUUCUGACUGACGGUCGAAUAAAAAGGAUGAUGAUGAUGAUGACCACAGAGCCAACCACAUCCCUCCUAACGUCUGGCUGGCUGCAGAAUGCAAGACCAGAGAGGAUGUUGGUAUGAUCUAGCAGAGUUCGUAUGUUCCUUAAAGUACAAUCACAGUUAGCAUAUUGGCCACAUCUGGUGUGUGCACUUCUUAAAAAAUAUAUUUAUUUACAGGAUCCUUUCUCUGGCCCAGGGAGAGGACUCUGCCCAUUUAUCUCCAAGCAGAUACACUGCUUUUCCUCUUAGGAUUGAUCUAGCCCUUACACCCAAAGCCCAGAUUUGUGGCAAGCUACAUACUGUAGUGGUUCGAUUCCCCACGACAGGGUGAGCUCCCAUUGCUCGGUCCCUGCUCCUGCCAACCUAGCAGUUUGAAAUCACGUCAAAGUGCAAUUAGAUAAAUAGGUACCACUCCGGCGGGAAGGUAAAUGGUGGUUCCGUGCACUGCUCUGGUUUGCCAGAAGCGGCUUAGUCAUGCUGGUCAUAUGACCCGGAAGCUGUAUGCCAGCUCCCUCGGUCAGUAAAGCGAGAUGAGUGCCGCAACCCCAGAGUCGGCCACGACUGGACCUAACGGUCAGGGGUCCCUUUACCCUUUCCCUUUUUUACUGUAGAUGCCGCUGAUGUUUCCUUGUGUUAGAGCCAAGAUCUGAUCUGUCUUGGGUGGGGGGAAGGCAACCCUUUCAAUUGUGUGGCUCCCCUUUGCAUCUGCCAGCAUGCCUCACGUAAAGGUAAAGGGUAAAGGGACCCCUGACCGUUAGGUCCACUUGUGGCCAACUCUGGGGUUGUGGCGCUCAUCUCGCUUUAUUGGCCGAGGGAGCCAGUGUACAGCUUCCGGAUCAUGUGGCCAGCAUGACUAAGCCGCUUCUGGCGAACCAGAGCAGCGCACGAAAAUGCCGUUUACCUUCCCGCCAGAGUGGUACCUAUUAAUCUACUUGCACUUUUGUGCUUUCAAACUGCUAGGUUGGCAGGAGCAGGGACUGAGCAAUGGGAGCUCACCCUGUGGCGGGGAUUCGAACUGCCGACCUUCUGAUCGGCAAGUCCUAGGUUCUGCAGUUUAACCCACAGCGCCACCCGCGUCCCCAUGCCUCAUGUAGGGAAGGGUUAUUUCUCUCCCGCCGUUCCCUCUCUUUUGCUGAGCCAGCAGGCAUGCAUACCCCUCCCAUAUUGGGUUGGGGAAUGUUGAUCAUUAACAGUCUGCAACAGGAUAGGGCAUAUUUGCUCAUCCGCAGCUUCGCUGUCUAGCCUUUCCCAACAGCUGGUGUGGAACAACUGCAACCAGCUUCUUUUAAGUGGCUUGGAAUGCUCAGCUUUGCACAGCAGGGAGAGAUUGCCCUCAAGCCUGAUCCAGUUAUGCCGGAACAGUUUUUUUGGGGGGGCGGGGGGGAGCAAGCCAAGCGUAUAUCCCUAUAUGUUAUGCCUUGAAUGGAGGUAGAAGCCCCAGCUUCAGAAAAGUGCCGUCUACUGUGUACACACGGCACUGGAGAACUGGAGCCAAUCCUCUCUCCCUUAUAUUCUACUUUCUGGGUAGGAAGCUAAGCCCCUGCAAUGUGGCCCUCCAGGCCUCCUAUCUGGCCCUUCCCAGCUGCACCCCACUCUCCGCAGGCAGUGUUAGAAACUCAGAUAUAUAAGCUAGGCACCAAAUGGCUCCUUAAACCAGGGUCAGUGUUGCCAAAACGGAAUGCCUAGUUGCCAUUUCUGGGCCAGAUGGUUCGAAAGUCAUAUUUUUCAAUGUGACUUUUUGGUUCCUGAAAUUCAUUCUGAUUGUGCAGAUGAAAUAUAAUGGGUAGAAAAUUCUGCAGGAUGUGUUGCUGAUGUGUGUGAAGACAGUCAAGGGAAGUUUUUAAUGACUGAUGUUUUAAUGUAUUUUAAAUCUUUUGUUGGAAGCCGCCCAGAGUGGCUGGGGAAACCCAGCCAGAUGGGUGGGGUAUAAAUUAUUUAUUUAUUUAUUUAUUUUUAAGAUCUCCGGGGACAUACCUCCAGAUGGUGGAGACAUUAGGCCAGGGGUCAGCGGACUUUUUCAGCGGGCAGCUGGUCCACUGUCCCUCAGACCUUGUGGGGGGGGGUGGACUAUAUUUUGAAAAAAAUAUGAACGAAUUCCUAUGCCCCACAAAUAACCCAGAGAUUCAUUUUAAAUAAGAUCACACAUUCUACUCAUGUAAAAACACCAGGCAGGCCCCACAAAUAACCCAGAGAUACAUUUUAAAUAAAUACUUUUAUCUAUUUUAAAUAAAAGGACACAUUCUACUCAUAUAAAAACACACUGAUUCUUUUUUUUUUUAAGAAUAUUUAUUCCAAUUUUAAAAUUACAGAAAAAGAAAGAAGUAGAAAAAAAAACCAAAUCACAUACAUCUUACAAAAAAAGCUAACAAUACAAAGAAAAAUACAAAAGACAAAAAAUCACAAUAAAAAAGUAACAAAAAAUCAAAUUAGACCAUUAGAACCGUCUUCCCAUUUACUUAUUUCCGUGACUUCCUCUCACCUCUCUGCUUUGUAUUCUAAUUUAAAUCGUAUCUCCAGCAAAUCCUUCUAACCUUCUUUUCAUUUACUUAUUUUAACAUUCGAAAGUAUUUAAUUCUUCUCUAUCUUUGUUUUACACUUCAUAUUUACUUAUUCCAUUAUACUCUGUCUGCCAAUACGGUCUAAUAUUCUUCUCCAACCUUUUCUAACAUUCUUUUAUAUUACAGUGUUUCUGAAGAUAUAUUUUAAAUUUUUUCCAAUCUUCUUCCAUCGACCCUUCUUCCUGAUCUCGAAUUCUGCCGGUCAUCUCAGCCAGUUCCAUAUAGUCUAUCACUUUUCUCUGCCAUUCUUCUCGGGUAGGCAAUUCUUGUGUCUUCCAGUGUUUCCCAAUAAGUAUUCUUGCCGCUGCUGUCGCAUACAUAAAGAAAUUCCUGUCUUCCCUUCGCACCAAUUGGUCGACCAUGCCCAAGAGGAAGGCCUCUGGUUUCUUCAAGAAAGUAUAUUUCAAUACCUUUUUUAGUUCAUUAUAUAUCAUUUCCCAGAAGGCUUAAAAACACACUGAUUCCUGGACUGUCCAAGGGACGAAUUUAGAAGGCGAUUGGGCUGGAUCUGGCCCCCAGGCCUUAGUUUGCCUACCCAUGCAUUAGGCAGCAUUCUGCCCCCCCAGGGAAUUUUCACUUGGUUGCAAGUGGCCAACAACCAGGUGCAAAACGCGCCUGGUGAAUUUCAAACUUUGCACCCUGCUUGAGUGAUUUUGCCUGGCUGGAAUGAGUCCUUGAGCUGUGACCAGAGGGAUGCAUGAGCGUGUAUAGAAACCAGCCUCGUACAAAAGGUAUUAUUUAUGUUUUUUUCUGAUGACUGUUGCCUCCUUCCACUGCUGACAUGUGGUACCCAGAAGGUUGCCCAGAAUGGAACUUGGCCCAUGGGCUGCAAGAGUUUCUCCACCCCUUGAGACAAGGUGAAGCAGCUUGGAUGAAGAGCAGUGCAAGACAACCGUGGCUCCAAUCCUCAUGCAGCGAAGGGAGUUCCAGACCAGUCCAGCAUCACUACAUAAACAUCAGGGGGGAUUGUGCCAGACAAUUUCCUGCAUGUCUCAUGUUAAUUGGAACAGACCCUCCAGAGUGGCUGGGGAAACCCAGCCAAAUGGGUGGGAUAUAAAUAAAUUAUUCUUAUUCUUAUUCUUAUUCUUAUUAUCCAGGUGUCCCUCUUUUCCAGGGACAGUCCCAAAUAUCCAGGGAUAGUCCCAGAUUUACAGAAGCCAUCUGUAAAUCAAAUUUGAUCCCGGAAUGUCCCACUUCUCCUUAGGACAUCCCUAUUUUCAUCAGAGAAAUGAGUUAUCCAACUCCAUAGCCAUCUGAAGGCCGCCCUGUAUAGGGAAGUUUUAAAAUGUUUAGUUAUGUUUUUAUAUAUGUUGUAAGCUGCCCAGAGUGGCUGGGGCAGCCCAGUCAAAUGGGUGGGGUAAAAAGAGUAAAAAAAAUAAAAUAAUAAAAUAAUAAUAAUAAUAAUAAUAAUAAUAAUAAUAAUAAUUUAUUAUUUAUACCCCGCCCAUCUGGCUGGGUUUCCCCAGCCACUCUGGGCGGCUUCCAACUGAAUAUUAAAAACAAUACAGCAUUAGAUAUUAAAAACUUCCCUAAAGAGGGCUGCCUUCAGUUGUCUUUUAAAAGUAAAAUAGUUGUUUAUUGCCUUGACAUCUGCUGGGAGGGCGUUCCACAGGGCAGGCACCACUACCGAGAAGGCCCUCUGCCUGGUUCCCUGUAGCCUUACUUCUCACAAUGAGGGAAUCGCCAGAAGGUCCUUGGCGCUGGAUCUCAGUGUCCGGGCUGAAGGAUGGACACUGAGUGACUAGUGGGGUGCCACAGGGUUCUGUCUUGGGCCCGGUCUUAUUCAACAUCUUUAUCAACGACUUGGAUGAUGGACUCAAGGGCAUCCUGAUAAAAUUUGCAGAUGACACCAAACUGGGAGGGGUGGCUAACACCCCAGAGGACAGGAUCACACUUCAAAACGACCUUGACAGAUUAGAGAACUGGGCCAAAACAAACAAGAUGAAUUUUAACAGGGAGAAAUGUAAAGUAUUGCACUUGGGCAAAAAAUGAGAGGCACAAAUACAAGAUGGGUGACACCUGGCUUGAGAGCAGUACAUGUGAAAAGGAUCUAGGAGUCUUGGUUGACCACAAACUUGACAUGAGCCAACAGUAUGACACGGCAGCUAAAAAAGCCAAUGCAAUUCUGGGCUGCAUCAAUAGGAGUAUAGCAUCUAGAUCAAGGGAAGUAAUAGUGCCACUGUAUUCUGCUCUGGUCAGACCUCACGUGGAGUACUGUGUUCAGUUCUGGGCUCCACAGUUCAAGAAGGACACUGACAAACUGGAACGUGUCCAGAGGAGGGCAACCAAAAUGGUCAAAGGCCUGGAAACGAUGCCUUAUGAGGAACGGCUAAGGGAGCUGGGCAUGUUUAGCCUGGAGAAGAGGAGGUUAAGGGGUGAUAUGAUAGCCAUGUUCAAAUAUAUAAAAGGAUGUCACAUAGAGGAGGGAGAAAGGUUGUUUUCUGCUGCUCCAGAGAAGCGGACACGGAGCAAUGGAUCCAAACUACAAGAAAGAAGAUUCCACCUAAACAUUAGGAAGAACUUCCUGACAGUAAGAGCUGUUCGACAGUGGAAUUUGCUGCCAAGGAGUGUGGUGGAGUCUCCUUCUUUGGAGGUCUUUAAGCAGAGGCUUGACAACCAUAUGUCAGGAGUGCUCUGAUGGUGUUUCCUGCUUGGCAGGGGGUUGGACUCGAUGGCCCUUGUGGUCUCUUCCAACUCUAUGAUUCUAUGAUGGGGGUGGAGACGCUCCUUCAGGUAUAUAGGACCGGUAUACAGGUAUAAUAAUAAUAUUAAUAAUAAUGACAUAGGACGUCCCUAUUUUCAUCGGAGAAAUGUUGGAGCGUAUGUUGGAAGUAUGGGGAGAGCCUUGGCUCUGUAGCAGACCAUCUUUUGUAAAGAUCCCUCUCCCCGGUGAGGUGUGUUGUGUCAUGUCCUGGCUUGGAUACGUUUACAGUAGCAGCUUUUGUUGACUGCUCACUCCCGGUGCUGAAAUUCUUACUGCUUGCUGUCCAAUUCAUGAAGCGCCAGCUGCUGGCCCCGCUCCACCGAAUGUUUUCUGGUGAUAUAGGGCAGUCGGCACAGUUGCUUCCUUCCCUGGAGUGCUUUGCGUUUACUCUCCCUCUGCAAAUAGACCCUGCGCAGCUGCCCAGGAUCUUGCAUGCAACACAGCCCCUCCUGUGGAGCUGCUCAGAGGGUUUGUGGGGCCCAGAGCAAACUCAAAUCAGGUCCCAUGCUUCUGGUCUGGGGUGUUGGAGACAGGACUUGUGUACACUUUUGUGCCUGCACCUGAUUUCACUUACUGCAUUUUCAGAAAAACAUAAAGUUUCUUGGGGACUUUUUAUGAGCACAAGAAGGCAGCAAUGCUUGAGCUCAUUUCUUUUUCCUAAGCUGGGUUUCCUGAACUGGGUCUUUGUGCUUUGAGGCUUGAGAGUUCUCUUCAAGCACAGGAAAAUAAAUUGCGCUGUUCAGCAUUAGUCUUCCUAUUUUUGUGCAACUAGCAUGAAGGGCUGAAGGCUUUUAAAAAGUGUCUUUGACUGAACGUGCUUUGAAACCUCCCUUCGAACUGGUUUCCUUUCUUUGCUAAUUGUAGAUCUGAAGAGCAGCUGGAAGACUUUGUGGAGGGGGGGCUUGCAGGCAUGCCCCACCCCCCACUUUUACUCACUGUGCAUUCAGGUGAAUGUUCGAGCACUUGCAAUGUUCCUGCUCACAGGGAAAAGAAAUCACGAUUCUGCACAUUGCUGGUGCAAGCAAUCUCACACACGAUGAGUUCAUUUGCACAGAUAAUGCAUGAACCUGCUUGCAAGUGGGUGAGGCACUAAAAUUUACUUUCUUUUUAAAAAAAAAUCUUUCCCCACACGAAAACAAAGAUCACUACAGCCAAUCACAAACAAACAACUACACCUUAGGCCAACCCCAACCUCUCUCACCACCAAAGAAACACAAAUGUACAGCAGAGAACCUGCACGAGCAACUCUGAUACCAAACCCUACAUACAUUAAGCAAAAUAGAGCUUAAGCUUUUAAUGUUUAAUAGAUUACAGUGGUGCCUCGCAAGACGAAAUUAAUCCAUUCCGCGAGUAUCUUCGUCUAGCGGUUUUUUCGUCUUGCGAAGCAACCCUAUUAGUGCCUUAGCGGAUUAGCGCUAUUAGCGGUUUAGCGGCUAUUAAAGGCUUAGCGGCUUAGCGGAUUAGCUGCUAAAAGGCUAUUAAAGGCUUAGCGCCUUAGAAAAAGAGGGGGGGAAAGCGAAAAAAAAAUCUCAAGACUUGCAAGACAUUUUCGUCUUGCGAAGCAAGCCCAUAGGGAAAUUCGUCCUGCGAAGCGCAUUGAAAACGGAAAACCCUUUUGUCUAGCGGGUUUUCCGUCUUGCGAGGCAUUCGUCUUGCGGGGCACCACUGUAUUGUAUUUUAGUGUUUUGUUGGAAGCCGCCCAGAGUGGCUGGGGAAACCCAGCCAGAUGGGCAGGGUAUAAAUAAUAAAUUAUUAUUAUUAUUAUUAUUAUUAUUAUUAUUAUUAUUAUUGCCACCCGAUCCCACCCGCACCCAUCUUCCCCCCUCCACCCCUUCCCCCCCAAUGUCUCAACAAAUGAAACUGAUUUGUAAAAAUGUUACAUGGAAAAAAUACGAGAGACAUUACACAUACUUCUGUAAAACAAGAAAACCUUUAAUAAUAAUAAUAAUAAAGAAUCUUGCCAUUCAAAUACUCGAGGCAAAUGACAUGAAGAACCUUUCUUCCCUAGAAGAGAAUCGUUGUCUUGGCCGCUGUGAGGAUGGAGCUUCUUGGGGUGUGUGUGUGUGUGUGUGUGUGUGUGUGCUGUCGAGAUCAUGAGGUCUAGCCCCUUGGCUCCUCGCUUAGCAGAAUGAUGUUUAAAUAAUCUAAAUGAAUGAAGUGACGACCUCCCCCCCCACUUUUUGUUUUUUCAUUAAAGCUUGGACGCGUCUUCACAGGAUGGGUGCAGCGAACUUUCCAGAGCACCCACGCGGCAGCAGCCUCCCAGACGACCUGUGCUGUUGCUGAUGAAAAUAACAAGGCCCCUGACCCUGUUCCCGAGGAUUGCCCUGUUUGCUCAUACAACGAAUGGGACCCGCUGGAGGAAGUCAUUGUGGGGAGAGCCGAAAAUGCCUGCGUCCCUCCUUUCUCUGUGGAGGUCAAGGUAAACCAUGUGCUGUCUGCGUCGCAAGACUUUAUGCAUGCUCUUUGCAGCUUCCCACUUCUGCAAACGCUGGAGAGGUUUUGCAAUAACAGGCUUUUACAAAUGUCUGUUUUGCUACGAGUACGGGAUUCUUUCUGUCUGGGUGCCUGCCUGCUAUUCCCAAUCAAUUUGUAAAUAAAAGUUAUUGCAAGAAAAAAAAAUGGCUUGCUUCCAAUUUUGUAGCUCUUACAAGGAGGGAAUUGCAAGCUCAGACAGACACUUUGAAUUGGGCCCAGAAACUAAUUGGCAGCUGGUUUAGUCAGGGUAAUACUGACUGUAAAACUAUUUUGCCCCGGUGAGCAGCUUGGCUGCCAAAUUCUGCACCAGCUGAAGUUUCUGAACAGUCUUCAAAGGCAGCCCUAUGUAUAACACGUUGCGGUAAUCUAACCUAGAGGUUACCAGAGCAUAAACAACAGCAGUUAGGCUAUCCCUUUGCAGAUACAGUAGUGGUGCAGCUGGGCCACCAGCCAAAAGCUAAUAGAAGGUACUCAGCGCCACUGAGGCCACAUGAGCCUCAAGCGAUAGCAAAGGAAUACCCUCAAGCUGUGAACCAGCUCCUUCAGAGGGAGUGUAAUGCCAUCAAGAGCUGGCAAUCUCCCAGCCAUCCAGUCUGGGGAACUGCCACUCGCAGGGCCUCCAUCUUAUCUGGAUUGAGCUUGAGUUUGUUGGCUCUCAUUUCCAUUUCCGAGGCAAGACAUCCGUCCAGCACCUCCACUGCCAUGCCUGCAGAAGUAAAGGAGAAAAUAGAGAUUUGUGUCAUCAGCAUAUUGUUGGCAACAUACUCUAAACCUCCAGAUAACCCUGUAAGUAAAGGGUGGCCAAGUUCUGUACAGUGGUACCUCAGGUUACAUACGCUUCAGGUUACAGACUCCGCUAACCCAGAAAUAGUACCUCGGGUUAAGAACUUUGCUUCAGGAUGAGAACAGAAAUCGCGCAGCGGCAGCGGGAGGCCCCAUUAGCUAAAGUGGUGCUUCAGGUUAAGAACAGUUUCAGGUUAAGAACGGACCUCCGGAACGAAUUAAGUAGUUAACCCGAGGUACCACUGUAUUCUUGUAGUGGAGCUGGGGGUGGGGUGGGCUACCUACUCUAUGCAGCAGUUGUAAAAGUGUGGGGCUGAAACUUUAUUUCACCCCACAAAAUCUCUCCUAAGUGCUCAGUGUCUGUAGUAGUCAGUAGCCUGAAGUAGUAAGAGCAGCCUUCAUCAAGCUGGUUUCCUUCAGAUAUUUCGGAGUGCAAUUUCCAUUAGCUGACACACGGAGGAAACAUGGAAAACUGCUCUUGAGUCAAACCAGGGACGGGCAGUGAAAACUUUGUCAGGAAUUUUUUUUAAAAAAGACACCCUUGGGGCUAUCAGAUCCGGAACUCGGGCUGCUGGUUGACAAGCCCAUAUUAAUUUUAUUAUAUCCUGCUUCUGCACUUACUUUCACAGUUUAUUUAGAGAGCAAACCCUAAACACGCUUGCUAAGGAGGAAGGAUUACUGAGCACAAUGAGAAUUACUUUAGAGUCAACAUUCAUUCAGCUGCGCUGUCAGCCCAGCAUUCGUUUUCCAGAUCUUGUUUGACAUUUGCAUGCUGCCAGAUUAAUCUGGCUGCAAAGAACACUAUUGCCUGCAGGUAGAGAAGUAAAUACACUGAUAACAUUUGAGUGGCUUGACAGUUGUGUCGGCACAUGGAAGCGAUGCAGUUUAGCAAGUGAAGCAAGAAACUGCUAAGAGACGGAGCUGCUUCACAGGUCAAUUUUCGGAGGGAUUGCAUAGGGUUGCCAUAUAAAGGUAAAGGUAAAGGGACCCCUGACCAUUAGGUCCAGUCGUGGCCGACUCUGGGGUUGCAGCGCUCAUCUCGCUUUAUUGGCCGACAUACAGCUUCCGGGUCAUGUGGCCAGCAUGACUAAGCCACUUCUGGUGAACCAGAGCAGCGCACGGAAACGCCGUUUACCUUCCCGCUGGAGCGGUACCUAUUUAUCUACUUGCACUUUGACGUGCUUUUGAACUGCUAGGUUGGCAGGAGCAGGGACUGAGCAACGGGAGCUCACCCCAUCGUGGGGAUUUGAACCGCCGACCUUCUGAUCGGCAAGUCCUAGGCUCUGUGGUUUAACCCACAGCACCAGCCGCGUCCCGUCUGGCAACCCUAGGGUGGCAGAAUUUAAAAUGGAAACAGAUGCCCCUAAAUAUUUUCUUGGAUCCAUGGAUCCAAAGUUCUUAACCUGAAGCACUAUUUCUGGGUUAGUGGAGUGUGUAACCUGAAGCGUAUGUAACCUGUUUGAAAACACCUGUUUCCUGAUACAGUGGUACCUCGGGUUACAUACGCUUCAGGUUACACACUCUGCUAACCCAGAAAUAGUGCUUCAGGUUAAGAACUUUUCUUCAGGAUAAGAACAGAAAUCGUGCUCUGGCGGCGCGGCGGCAGCAGGAGGCCCCAUUAGCUAAAGUGGUGCUUCAGGUUAAGAACAGUUUCAGGUUAAGAACAGACCUCCGGAACGAAUUAAGUACUUAACCCGAGGUACCAUUGUAAUCUUGUACUUGUGUGGCUUCUGAUAAGAGUCUCCAGGCCCCUGGAAUGACACCAAGGGAAGUUUGCGACAGUUUCCCAGCAGAGUUGAGAGGGUAGCAAACCACUUUUAUAUAUUUUAUUUUUAAAAGGGUGGUUUUUUUUAUUAUUUUAAAGAAGUGCAUUUAUCACAGCCUGCAACAAGCGGUUUGACAUGUAGGCUACGAGUUGCUGAGCUGGCAGUCUCUGAAGGUCGUGCUUAUGUUACAGGUUUCAUUCCAGGCCAUUUCUGAGUCUCCAGGACUGAGUCCUGCUGGCAGAAAAUCUCGGGCUGUGUACUGUACAUUUGGCCGCCGCUGCAGCAAUUCAUCUUCUAGCUGUCUAAAGGCCUUCUUAACAUUUCCCUACUGAAACUUAAAUACAGUCACAGAUGUGCACUGUUGGCUGAGAUCACUGCUCUGCUGACCUCUUUUUUUAGCAGCCAGUGGGGGGGGGGCAGGGGGCAGUAUUUAUUUAUUUAUUUUUUAAAAGCCACAUUCACUUAUUCAUUGACUUGUUCAAAGCCUUAAUACGUGGCAUUCACAUAUAAUGAAUUGCAUAUGUUCAAAGCUUUGCUUGCAUUCUGUGGAAGGCGGCUGGCUGCAACACUCAUUCCACUACUACCUUAUGGGUUUUUUUCUGCAUGUACAUAAGAGGAAGGUGACAAAUGUAUUGUAGAGUGGUACCUCGGGUUACAUACGCUUCAGGUUACAGAUACCACUAACCCAGAAAUAGUACCUCGGGUUAAGAACUUUGCUUCAGGAUGAGAACAGCAAUUGUGCUCCGGCGGCGCAGUGACAGCAGGAGGCCCCAUUAGCUAAAGUGGUGCUUCAGUUUAAGAACAGUUUCAGGUUAAGAAUGGACCUCCAGAACGAAUUAAGUUCUUAACCCCAGGUACCACUGUAGUGAGGGACGCGGGUGGCACUGUGGGUUAAACCACAGAGUCUAGGACUUGCCGAUCAGAAGGUUGGAGGUUCGAAUCCCCGCAACGGGGUGAGCUCCUGUUGCUCAGUCCCUGCUCCUGCCAACCUAGCAGUUCGAAAGCACGUCAAAGUGCAAGUAGAUAAAUAGUACUAAAUUUAUAAAUAGUACAUAAAUCAGUACUAAGGUGGUUUCUGACUUGAGGCUCACUGUCUAAAAAGUCAUGACACGUGAGGAAAAUUGAACUGGAGGGAGGAGGAAGAAAGCAGGCUCAAAAAAGAAGGUUCGGGUCAGGUACCCCCUUCCCUAAGGCAGCUGACUUAAUGGCAGUCACUGCACCCAAUUCCUACAAGUCUUAACUAGGGAUGUUGAACAAUUUUGAUCGAAACAGGAGUAGAAAUUGCCAAUGUAAUAAUGUUCCUUGUGUUUUUAUAUUUUGCUAGAAGAAGCCCAGAGUGGCUGGGACAACCCAUGGGCGGCAAAUAAAUAAUAGAGGGAGGAAAGGCUGACGCGAGGUUGCCCAGUUAACUUUGUGCUGAAUGGGGAUUUGAACUCAGGUCUUUCUAGUCUAAGCCCAGGACUCUAUGGAAAACUGUCCGGCAAUCCCUCUUAUUCUUCUCAGUGGAAUUUCUGCUGCUUGCAGUUGCAGUGGUGCCAUGUGAUUCAGGUGCCAUGUGAAUAGCAAUAAUUUUAAUUUAUUUUUUUUUUUUUUUAAAUAAAUUUUUAUUCAUUUUCCAAACACAAGAUAAGAAAACAAACAAUACACAAUACACCGACAUACAAACAUAUAAACAUGUAUAAUUUCAUAACCAUUUUUCAUAAGCCUUACUUUCCGGACUUCCCCAUACCUCCCCUUUUCUGCAUCCUUGUUUUAUAUUUCUUCAGCAACUCCUCAAUCAACUAAUUAUUCAAUUCAAUUUCUUUUAAGUUCUUCUAAUAAUAUUAAUUACAGCUGCAGUUCUCUAUUUCCCAACCCCUUGACAUUUUAACAUUCCUGAAUUUUGCAACAAGUUCUAAGAUAAACUUUAAAUUUCUUCCAAUCUUCUUCCACUGUCUCUUUCCCCUGGUCACGGAUUCUGCCAGUCAAUUCCGCCAGUCCCAUAUAGUCGAUCACCUUCGUCUGCCAUUCUUCCAGUGUGGGUAGUUGUUGUGUCUUCCAAUACUUUGCUAGAAGAAUCCUUGCUGCUGUAGUCGCAUACAUAAAAACGUCCUGUCCUUCCUGCUCACCAAUUGGCCGACAAUGCCCAGGAGAAAAGCCUCGGGUUUUUUUAGGGAAGGUCCAUUUAAGAACCUUCUUAAUUUCAUUAUAGAUCAUUUCCCAAAAAGCUUUUAUCCUCGGGCAGGUCCACCAAAGGUGAUAAAAAGUACCUUCAGUCUCAUUACAUUUCCAACAUUUGUUAUUGGGCAGAUGAUAAAUUUUUGCGAGCUUGACUGGGGUCAUGUACCACCUAUACAUCAUUUUCAUAAUGUUUUCUCUUAAGGCAUUACAUGCCGUAAAUUUAAUACCGGUGGUCCACAACUGUUCCCAGUCAGCAAACAUAAUGUUAUGACCAAUAUCUUGUGCCCAUUUUAUCAUAGCUGAUUUCACCGUUUCAUCCUGUGUGUUCCAUUUCAACAGCAGAUUAUACAUUCUCGACAGAUUCUUAGUAUUGGGUUCUAACAGUUCUGUUUCUAAUUUUGACCUCUCCAUCUGGAAACCUAUUUUCCUGUCCUGUUUAAAUGUCUCGUUUAUCUGAAGGUAGUGCAACCAAUCUCGCACUUUGGACUUUAAUUUCUCAUAGCUCUGUAAUUUAACUUUUUCCCCAUCUUGUUCUAGAAUUUCACAAUAUUUUGGCCAUUUAGACUCCAUAUUAAGUUUUUUUCACCUCUUUAGCUUCCAUUGGUGACAACCACCUGGGAGUUUUACUUUCCAAUAGAUCUUUAUACCGCAUCCAAACAUUAUAUAAUGCUUUCCUAACAAUAUGGUUUUUGAAACCUUUAUGCAGUUUAACCUUAUCAUACCAUAUAUAUGCAUGCCAACCAAAUCUAUUAUCAAACCCUUCUAGAUCCAAAAUAUCUGUAUUCUCAAGAAGUAGCCACUGUUUCAACCAGCAGAAAGCCGCCGAUUCAUAGUAGAGUCUUAAGUCCGGCAGGGCAAACCCCCCUCUAUCUUUAGCAUCAGUUAGAAUCUUAAAUUUUAUUCUGGGCUUUUGCCCUGCCAGACAAAUUUAGAUAUAUCUUUCUGCCACUUCUUGAAACAGUCCAUCUUGUCCAAAAUCUGCAAUGUCUGGAAUAAAAACAACAUUCUAGGCAAUACAUUCAUCUUGAUAACAGCAAUUCGGCCUAACAAAGAAAGUUUCAACCUUGACCAUAUUUCUAGAUCCUUCUUUACCUCUGUCCAACAUUUAUCAUAAUUGUCCUUAAAUAAAUUCACAUUCUUAGAUGUUAAGUUUACCCCCAGGUACUUUACUUUUUCGUUAUCACUAGACCUGUUUCAUUCUGAAAUUUCUCUUUUCGGCCAACGUUAAAUUUUUGUCCAACACUUUCGUUUUCUGUUUGUUCAGUUUAAAUCCUGCUACUUGACCAAAUAUCUCAAUUAGUUCUAAUACUCUUUUAGUACUAGUAUCUGGCUGUUGCAAGGUCAAUACUAGGUCAUCUGCAAAUGCCCUUAGCUUAUAAUGUUUGGCUCCGACUUGUACUCCUUUAACCAACUGGUCUCCUCUAAUCAUAUUUAGCAAAACCUCCAGGACUAAUAUAAAAAGUAAAGGGGAUAUUGGGCACCCCUGUCGUGUACCUUUUUCUAUAGGUAUUUCUUCCGUAACCACAUUGUUUACAAUUAACUUUGCUUUUUGUUUAGAGUAUAUUGCACCUAUACCAUUUUCAAACCCUUGACCUACCCCCAUCCCUUGGAGAUUCUUCUUCAUAAAGCUCCAACCAAUAUUGUCAAAGGCUUUCUCCGCAUCCACAAAAAUUAAAACAGCCUUCCUAUUAAUGUCCACUUCUAACAGUUCCAAAAUGUCUAUAAUGUUCCUCACAUUGUCCGACAUAUAUCUCCCUGGAAGAAAGCCAGUUUGGUCUUUAUGAAUCUCCCCUACCAACACUCUCUUCAGUCUUUUUGCCAUAAUGUCCGCAAAAAUUUUGUAAUCCACGUUAAGUAAUGAUAUAGGGCGGUAGUUUUUAACCUGGUUCUUUUCAGUCUCAGUUUUCGGUAUAAGUGAGAUAAAAGCUUCUUUCCACGACUCUGGUGCCUUUUCCCCACCAAAAUUUCGUUACAUACUUCCUUCAGUGGUUGUACUAACCAUUCCUUCAACCCUUUAUAAUAUCUGGCGGUCAAACCAUCUGGUCCUGGAGCUUUUCCCAAUUGCAUCUUCUGAAUGGCACCCUCUAUUUCUUGUCCUGUUAUUUUCUCAUAAUAAUUUUAAUUUAUUACCCUCACAUGGCUUGGUUAUGACAAUUUAAAAUACUUUAUUUAUUUAUUUAUUUAUUUAUUUACCGCCCUAUACCCGGAGGUCUCAGGGCGGUUCACAGAAUAAAAUCCAAAUAUAAAACCACAAAAUACAUAAUCAAAAUAAAAACAACAACCCAAUAACCCCCACUCCAAAAAAGCACAUUUCAAAAGGGCAUAGGAUCCUCACAACAUUCAAAGUAAGACAAUUAACAAACCUAGACAAGAGCCAAUCAUUGGAAAGACCAUGAUCUCAUAAAUGUUUGCAGCGAUAUUUAUUGGCAACCAAAUUAUCCAUGUGCCUUUCUGAUACAAAGACAAAAAAAGCUUUGAAAUAAGAGUGGGAAGGGGAAAAAUUAGCUGUGGUUGUUGAGCAGAUGUAAUACUAUUCAAAAAUAGUUUUAAAAACUUAGAAUUACAGAAAAUGCAAUCACCUGAAUAUACAAGUCCUAUGAGAUUGACAUACUGUUGUUUAACUGUUAGUAGAUGAAUACAGAGUGAUUCUUUGCAAUGUUAAUAUGAUGCUGGUUCAUGUCUGCUUUUUCUUUAUUGAUUACCAGGCGAAUACCUAUGAGAAGUACUGGGGGUUCUAUCAGAAGUAUGGAGGCCAGAGUUUCCCCAAGGAUCAUGUGAAGAAAGCGAUUGCUGAAAUCGAAGAGAUGUGCAAUAUUCUGAAAAUGGAAGGAGUGAUUGUGAGAAGACCAGAGCCACUUGACUGGUCGACCAAAUAUAAAACGCCUGACUUUGAGUCCACCGGUAAUUGCUCAGUGACUUGGAAUGUGCAGAAUCGAUUUAGAGCAUGCCCACAUCUAAGCCGUACAUGUAAAGCACCUGGGAAUCCUGGGAAAUGUAGUUUAAGGGUGCCGGGAAUUGUAGCUCUGUGAUGGGUAAGCUGCAGGAUUCUUUGGAGGAAGCCAUGAUUGCGAAAAGUGGUAAAAACAUGCUUAAAAUGUACAUUGUGGAUGUGAACCACGUCUCCGUCUCCUCAUUAUUUUAUAAUGUAUUGUUUAUUCGUUAUUGAUGAGAUUUGUUUCCUCUUUUUUAAAAAAACAAAAAAACUUUAAAGUCCUUGUGACAAUUCAUAAAGGACAACAGUAGCCUACCGUUAAGCAACUUAGUGUAUUGCUAUCUAUAGUUUCACAGGGGAUGCAUGUUGUUUACAGUAAAACAGUACAGUCCCUUCUGUUAAUCUAGAUCAGGGGUUGGCAAGGCUUACUGAAAUAUACUCGGAGUCGAGAGUGGAUUUCAUGCUCUUUAUUCAGCUCAUAGUGGUGAGGAGGAAUGGAAGUUCCCCCAGAAUGUCUGCUUUAUAUACAUUAUUUACACAAUGGACCCCACAUGAUUGGCUAAUUCCGGGAUUCUCCUGUAGGCCAAUCAGGUUGCGGAUUCACUUCCACCUGGAGCUGGAUUGGGUGGCUCCUGUGGACCAAUCAGACUGCUGCAUUCUGGAUCCUAUUGUUCUAGGACCAAUCAGGCUGCUGCAUUCUGAAUCCUAUUUUUCUAGGACCAAUCAGACGGCUGCAUUUUGGAUCCUAUUCAACUCAGUACAUAACACUUACCUUGCCUGGGCCGGUUCACUGCCAUGGAGACCCCUCCGUGGGCCCGAUUGCGGGCGUGUGUGAGUGUGCGUGUCCACAAUUUUCAGCAUCUGUGUCUGCGCAGACACGAUUUCUGGCGCUACUCGGCGAGUCCCCACACCGCACUGCGCCAGUUUAACGCAGCACGCGGGAACUCGCCGAGCGGGUGGCUCGGUUUGGGGGCAGCUCGUGGGCCGGUAAAAUGACCCCUGUGGGCCACUUGUGGCACAUGGGCCUUAGGCUGUCGGCCCCUGAUCUAGAUCUUGCUAGGCCUACAUAGACAUACUGUUAUGCUGUUGUGAUGUGCUUUAGGCACACAGUGGAGCAGCCAUGAUGGAUUAAAAUGGAUGACAAGCUAAAAUGUUUGUCUGCCCCAUACAAACUACUUGAAAUUGAGUGCAGUGUUUUGCUGCUUUUUGAUAAAGGCUUGGCAUUCUGGUUAAGAGUGGCAGAAACACAGCCAUGUCCCCAAAAGAAGGUUGGGUCCUAACACGUUUUGGCAAACCGACGCUGGGAAUCAAGUUGAUUUGUUUCGGUUACCUUCAGUAGCCUGUGGUUUGUUUGUUUUUUCGCUUGAUGUGUGGAAACUUCACUCCCUCUUCCACUGGGUUGCUACUGAGCAAAAUCGAACCUUGACUGGGAUCCGGUGUGCAGGAUUUGUGCCGCUGUUGAUUGGAUCCCCAUAUCAAACACUUUGUUCUUUUGGUAGGGAUGUACGCAGCUAUGCCAAGAGACAUUCUGCUGGUCAUUGGGAAUGAGAUCAUUGAAGCGCCGAUGGCUUGGCGCGCUCGUUUCUUUGAAUACAGAGCGUAUCGGCCCAUCAUCAAAGAGUACUUCCGCCGCGGAUCAAAAUGGACCACAGCACCAAAGCCCACCAUGGCUGAUGAACUUUAUGACCAGGUAUUAUUAUCCGUUUGGCUUUCAAGCAAGCAACUAUGGUGGCAGGAGCAAGGGUACCUUCCUGGUGAUAUUGGAGUACAACUCCCAUCAUCCUUGACCAUUGAUUGGCCAUGUUGGUGUUGGAAAAAUGCCCUGGGAAGGCUGCCAGUGUGGUGUAGUGGUUAAGAGCGGUAGUCUCGUAAUCUGGGGAACCGGGUUCGCAUCUCCGCUCCUCCACAUGCAGCUGCUGAGUGACCUUGGGCCAGUCACACUUCUCUGAAGUCUCUCAGCCUCACUCACCUCACAGAGUGUUUGUUGUAGGGGAGGAAGGGAAAGGAGAAUGUUAGCAGUUUUGAGACUCCUUCAGGUAGUGAUAAAGCGGGAUAUCAAAUACAAACUCUUCUUCUUCUUCUUCUGCAAACUUCCCCAAGUCACCGGAGCAUUCCCCUGUGGCUCUCUCUGGCUAUAAAUCUUCUUCAGUCAAGAGCGGCCGGUAAUAAGCAACUCUUCUCUCCUGAAAAGAGCACGCCAGUCUUCUGGCAUAUCAUAGCAGAAGAAAGACUCACUCGUAGUUCUAAAACUACUUUAUUUACAGUCUUAUAUACAGAGGGAGGCGGGUGGCACUGUGGGUUAAACCACAGAGCCUAGGACUUGCCGAUCAGAAGGUUGGCGGUUCGAAUCCCUGCGACGGGGUGAGCUCCCGUUGCUUGGUCCCAGCUCCUGCCCACCUAGCAGUUCGAAAGCACCCCUAAGUGCAAGUAGAUAAAUAGGUACCGCUUUAUAGCGGGAAGGUAAAUGGAGUUUCCGUGUGCAGCACUGGUGCUGGCUCACCAGAGCAGCUUAGUCAUGCUUACCACGUGACGCGGAAGUGUCUUCGGACGGCGCUGGCUCCCAGCCUCUUGAGCGAGAUGAGCGCACAACCCUAGAGUUGGUCACGACUGGCCCGUACGGGCAGUGGUACCUUUACCUUUACUUUUAUACAGAGGGAGGCGGGUGGCACUGUGAGUUAAACCACAGAGCCUAGGACUUGCCAAUCAGAAGGUCGGCGGUUCGAAUCCCUACGAUGGACCUGAGCUGCCAUUGCUCGGUCCCUGCUCCUGCCAACCUAGCAGUUCGAAAGCACGUCAAAGUGCAAGUAGAUAAAUAGGUACCCUUCCGGCGGGAAGGUAAAUGGCGUUUCCGUGCGCUGCUCUGGUUCGCCAGAAGCGGCUUAGUCAUGCUGGCCACAUGACCCGGAAACUGUACGCCGGCUCCCUCGGCCAAUAAAGCGAGAUGAGCGCCUCAACCCCAGAGACUGGACCUAACGGUCAGGGGUCCCUUAACCUUUUAUAUACAGAGACUCCAUCAGUACAUCUGUGCUCUCUGAACACCAGUACAGUGGUACCUCGGGUUAUGUACUUAAUUCGUUUCGGAGUUCCUUUCUUAACCUGAAACUGUUCUUAACCUGAAUCACCACUUUAGCUAAUGGGGCCUCCUGCUGCCGCCGCGCCACCGGAGAACGAUUUCUGUUCUUAUCCUGAAGCAAAGUUCUUAACCCGAGGAACUAUUACUGGGUUAGCGGAGUCUGUAACCUGAAGCGUCUGUAACCUGAAGUAUACGUAACCCGAGGUACCACUAUACAGAGCUGCAACACACACAGAAGUGAAACCAACUUCCAAUAGUACUCAGAAGGAAGAGAUAACACAGACUUCCUUUCUCACGCUCACUCAGACACUCACGUGAUGUAUAUAAUAAUAAUAAUAAUAAUAAUAAUAAUAAUAAUAAUAAAUUAUUUGUACCCCGCCCAUCUGGCUGGGUUUCCCCAGCCACUCUCGGCGGCUUCCACAAAGACCAAAAAUACACUAAGAUGUCACACAUUAAAAACUUCCCUGAACUGCCUUAAGAUGCCUUAAGAUGUCUUCUGAAUGUCAGGUAGUUGUUUAUCUCUUUGACAUCUGAUGGGAGGGCGUUCCACAGGGCGGGUGCCACUACCGAGAAGGCCCUCUGCCUGGUUCCCUGUAACUUGGCUUCUCACAAUGAGGGAACCACCAGAAGGCCCAAAUCAUAGUACAAAUCAUACUACAAAUCAUAGUACCACUCGCUGGAGCAGCUCGGAUAGAUAAAAAUCCUAACAGUUGGCAGGGGCUGAUGGGAGCUCAAUGCCAACAAUAAUAUCUGCAGGACCAUCCGUGUUCCUCGCCCCAGAAUUUGGGGUUUGGCCCCAGCAUGUCUGCAUUGGCAACCCUCCCUGCUAGAACUAUCAGCCCUGGAAAAGCUUAGGCCAGGCUUCCUCAGCCUCGGCCCUCCAGAUAUUUUGAGACUACAAUUCCCGUCAUCCCUGACCACUGGUCCUGCUAGCUAGGGAUCAUGGGAGUUGUAGGCCCAAAACAUCUGGAGGGCCGAGGUUGAGGAAGCCUGGUUUAGGCAGAUCAGAGGUUGAGAAAUGGCGCCGUGUGAUUGCCCUGAGUAGCGGGAACAGUCCUAGCUAAGGCCUGUGUGUGUUUUGUCUUUCUGAAACCAGGAUUACCCCAUUCGCACUGUGGAAGACAGGCACAAGCUGGCUGCACAGGGCAAAUUUGUCACAACUGAAUUUGAGCCGUGCUUUGACGCUGCAGAUUUCAUACGAGCCGGAAGAGACAUCUUUGUGCAAAGAAGUCAGGUGAGCAGAUCGGUUCCUUUUUUUGCAGUAUAAUUUUUUAUUAAUUUUUUCAAACAUCUGCACCAUAAUCUUCUUAUCAAAUAGUUACAUUGUUUCAUAAAUUGACUUCCCACUCUCAUUUCUGCAGUCUUUUUACUCAGACCGUCUCUACUGCAUUAUAUCUUGUAUCUAUUACAAAAGUUUCUCUGGUGCAAUUAUUUUAUCAUUUUUUUCUUCCUCUGCUUUUAGCUAGAAUCCAGACUUCAAUUUCAUUUGGCUAUAGUGUUUUUAAAAAUAGUCCAUUCUUCUAUGAAAAGUUCACCAUUUUGAUCUCUUAAUUUCACUGUCAGCUUUGCCAUUCCUGCGUAGUCCAACAACAAAAUUACAUCCAUUAUUCGUUUUUUAGUUAGAUUUAUUUGUUGGUUAGUACCAACUUUUGUGCCGACUUUGAAAAGCCUGCUGAAAACUUUUCUAUUCCGCUACGCCUAUGCAGACAAUUAAGAAUACACCCCCCCAAUGCUCUAUUGAUGUUCAGUUUAAAUAUCUGCCUCUCUCUGUCCCUCCGUUGCGUCAAGUUGGCGGAGUUUUGCGCUUUGGGAAUACGUUGAUCGGAGUUAAUGCGGCGUGCGUUUGUUAGUGGCGGAGUUUAGAUGAGUGACUUAUGUCAUUCCCCCUUUAAAAAAGCUCAGCAACUCUGGUCAAUCCUCAAUGACAAUGGGUAGAUCAGGUAGAUCACUGCCAUUUUUUAAAAAUACUGGGAGUAGAUCGAAGUCUCUUGGGCGUUGGACAGGCCUGAUACAUGGCUUACUGUUGUUGCAGAUAUUUCUUCUGAAACAACUAAAAGUCUAAAUCUUGCUCUCAGGUUACUAACUACUUGGGUAUUGAGUGGAUGCGGAGACACCUUGCGCCAGAAUACAGAGUGCACACCAUCUCUUUCAAAGACCCCAAUCCCAUGCACAUCGAUGCCACAUUCAACAUCAUCGGACCGGGCCUCGUGCUUUCCAACCCAGACCGUCCAUGCAAUGAGGUAGGGGCUCUUCAGACAAACUGGGGGCAAGAAUAUAAGACCAGCCCUGUAGGAUCUGGCCAAAGACCCAUCUAUUAUUGCUAUUAGUAUUAUUAUUUAUUGAAUUUAUAUACUGCCCUAUACCCGGGGGUCUCAGGGUGGUUCACAGAACGAAAUCAAAAUAUAAAACCACAAAAUGGGUAAUCAAAAUAAAAACAGCAACCCAAUAACGCCCCUGCCCAUUUUAAAAGGGCAUAGGAUGUCAAUCAAAUCAACCAAAGUCCUGGAUAAAAAGGAAUGUUUUUGCCUGGUGUCUAAUGAAGGUGCCAGGUGAACUUCCCUGAGGAGAGCAUUCACAGAUGGGGAGCCACUGCGGAGAAGGCCCUGUUCUCGUGUUGCCACCCUCUGGACCUCUUAAGGAGGAGGCACACGGAGGGUCUCAGAAGAUGAUCUCAGGGUCCGGGUAGGUUCGUAUGGGAAGAGGCAGUCCUUGAGGUAUUGCGGUCCUGAGCCGUUUAAGGCUUUAUAGUUCAAAACCAGCACUUUGAAUUGGGACCGGACACUAAUUGGUAGCCAGUGCAGUUGGACCAGGAUCGGUGUAAUGUGCUCAAACCAUCUUGCUCUGGUGAGAAACCUGGCUGCUGAAUUCUGCACCAGCUAAAGUUUCCGAACAAUCUUCAGAGGCAGCCCUACGUAUAUUGUACGGCAGUAAUCUAGUCCAGUAUCCUGUUUUCACAGGGGUCAACCCAUGGGAAAGCAGGACCCCCAAGCACAAGAGCGCCCCCCCUCUGCAGCUUCCAGCAACUGGUAGUCAGAAGCAUCACAGCCUCUGACCAUGGAGGCAGAACAUAGCCUUUGUGGAUAGUAUCCCUUGAUAGCUUUCUCCUCCAUGAAUUUGUCUAACCCUCUCUUGAAGCCAUCCCAAGUUGGUAACCAUCACUGCUUCUUGUGGAAGCAAUUUCUGGUGUAUUUCUAGGCCUCUUCCCUGUGGCACUAGCUGAUUAUGUGCAGGGAGUUUGAUGCAGGAGAAUAUUCAAACAUCCUGUUCACACACCUCCAUUCUUAAAGUGGUAGAGUCCUGCCAGGAGAACGGAAGAGCCCUGUUGAAUCAGACACAAUGGCCAGUCUAGGCCCACAGGUGCUUUCGGGAAGCUUGUAAGCCGAGACUUUUCUGAACCCUUUGAACAAGUCGCUAGGUGUCUCGUCAGCAAUUGUUAACUAAGCCAAACAUUAUUUAAGCCCUUGUUUUUGCAGCUGACCUUGGGCAAUUGCGUUCAAAGGUUGUGGUUCCUUUUUACAGCUCUUAAAUUUGUGUGGGCUCUCCCUUGGACUCUUGAUCUGUUUUUGCUCCAGCUAACAAAAGGACUGUACAGUGGUACCUCAGGUUACAGACGCUUCAGGUUACAUACACUUCAGGUUACAGACUCCGCUAACCCAGAAACAGUACCUCGAGUUAAGAACUUUGCUUCAGGAUGAGAACAGAAAUCGCACAGUGGCGGCGCGGUGGCAGCGGGAGGCCCCAUUAGCUAAAGUGGUGCUUCAGGUUAAGAACAGUUUCAGGUUAAGAACGGACCUCUGGAACGAAUUGAGAUCUUAACCCGAGGUACCACUGUAGUGAGGGAAGCAGGUGGCACUGUGGGUUAAACCACAGAGUCUAGGACUUGCCAACCAGAAGGUCAGCGGUUUGAAUCCUUGCGAUGGAGUGAGCUCCCGUUGCUCGGUCCCUGCUCCUGCCAACCAAGCAGUUCGAAAGCACAUCAAAGUGCAAGUAGAUAAAUAGGUACCACUCCGGCGGAAAGGUAAAUGGCGUUUCCAUGCGCUGCGAGAUGAGCGCCGCUACCCCAGAGUUGGUCACUACUGGACCUAAUGGACAGGGGUCCCUUUACCUUUACCACUGCAGUAGAUUGCUUCAUUUAGCAGAACUAUUGCUCUGUUUGUUACCCUGCAGUUUCCUUGGGCAGAAAGAUGCAUGUAGCCAGUGCCAGAUUUACGUAUAAGCUAAACAAGCUAUAGCUUAGGGCCCCACUCUCUUGAGCCCCCCCCCCCAAAAUAAAGGAAAAUAAAACUGGAUAUACAUUUCCAAAAUAAAAGAUAAAAAACAAAUAAAAUAAAACCUACAUACAGCAACAGUGUUUUGUGUUGUGUAGGCUCCUAUGAUGUAAGUAAUGGGCCCCGGCUGCUAGCCUGCUCCCUAAAAUAUCACUGGUUUGCUAUUAUUAUUUCAUGUUAUAGCAAGUUUCUAGAGACUAGAUUAUGAGUCUUUGUAAACUGUUUUUCUAAAGGAAAUUCUGUUAUUGCCAAAUGCCAGUGUGUUUGCAUUAUUAAGUUUGUUAUGAAUAAAAAAUCAUUUUAAUUUAGAGCUUAAUAAUUAUUUCACUAUUAAUAUACUUCUUAAUUGUAUUUCACUAUCAAUAUACUUCUUAAUUGUAUUUCAGUUCAACAAUUGCUUUGAUAAAAUACAUAUUUUGUUAUAUGCAAAUGGCUUUAGAUACUUAUUAGGUCCAUAAAUUACCAUGUAGCAUAUAUUCAACACAAAAAACAGGGACUAUUUGUUGUUGACAAAGGACAGCUGGACAUAUAAAGGGACCCAUUCCCUUCAGUAGCUUAGGGCCUCAUCAAACCUAAAUCUGGCCCUGCAUGUAGCAUAUGGGGAAUACGUUUAUCUACAUGAGAGGAAUGGCCUACAAAAGCUGGCAUGAGUGCUAGAGGGGAAGAAAUUAGUGUGUGCUCCCUUUUAAAAUAUCUUGUCCGGUGGGGGUGCUAGAAUCAUCUGACGGGCCUCUGUGGGAAGGAGAAUAGUGGGCAAGAUGGACUUUGGGUCUGAUCCAGGAUAGCUCUUGAUCUUCCUUUGCGGUGGGUGGCCAAAGGAGGAUGUGGAGUGUUUUCUAGGGUGCUAUCUGCACUAUAAUUUAAAUCAGUACAAUACCGCUUUAAACAGUCAUGGCUUCUGUGGCAACCUUCCUUAGUAAAGAUGGGAGUAAGAUAACAUGACCGGAUUUUGGGGUGGUUUUAAAAUUUAGACUCUCCCUGUCUAAAUUUUUAGAGGUCUGCAUGUCUAGGCCUGCACUGAUUGCGUGUCAGUUGAGAAGUACAAAGUACAAUGUCAUUGCAUGUGAAAUAUAAUAUAUUGAAACUGGAUCCCAUCAGACUGCAAACAUUUUAGGAAUAUUUGAGCAAUUGGAAAAUAUUAGACACCAGUGUCAGCACAAUACAUUUAGCUCCAGACUGAGAUUGCAUUCACAUGGCAAUCUAUUCCAUUUUCAUAAAAUGUUUCCCUAACUGAUAAUUUCCACAUUAUUUUUCAGCUUUCACACAAUUUAAAAGCCACAUCUGGAGCUAUUGUGCUAUAUAGUAGCACUCGCUUCCAUAUUAUUUGCAAAUGGAUUCUUUUCUGGAAGCAAAUAACAUGGACUUGGCUGCUAAACUUGAACUAUAUUUCACUAUAGUUACAGAAGAGGCUUUUAUGAUGUGUGAAAGCUCAGAUAUAAUGUGGAACUUAGGGGAAAGAUUGAAAAUGGAAUGAAGUGCCAUAAAAAAAGGAUGCUCGAUGUCUUUCUUUAUGCAAGUAGAGAGCCCUCUUGUGGUGAAGACUAAGCAAUGCAACUUCUGCAAACUAUACUACAUUUUCCUAUAAAGACCUUGGGGCCAAACUAGAUUUGAUGCAGAAUGCAUAUUUUCAUUUUAGCAUGCAUGCAUUUUAACAUGCAAAUGCCAAGAGUAGCAAUGGCGAUCAUAAUAAGGAUUGUAGGAGGCAAGGUCACGGGUUUGAUCCCUGUAUGGGUGCACAUUCCUGAAUUGUAACGGGUUGGACUACUAGAUUAUCAAUGGAGUCCCUUCCAACUCUAUUAUUCUUAACCCUUUCCUCUCCUUCUGUGAUCCCGCAAGACACACCCUCUUCUGUGGGUGCUUGUUUGCAUUGGGAAUAAAUCCCACAAUGGCUUAAAAAAAUCUCUUCAAAAUUGAAUCUCUUCAAUUUGAAUCUCUAUCUCUUUUAGAUCGAUCUCUUCAAGAACGCAGGCUGGACGGUGGUUCACCCUCCAUUGCCCCUGAUCCCUGAUGGUAUGUUUAGCUUAUUCCCAAUUUUGAAGACGAGUUUUGCAAAGCAGAAGUCCCAGACUUCACCCACCCAAUGGGAGUGCUAAAUAUGAUUUCCUGUUUCUAUUUGCAUCCAGACCACCCGCUGUGGAUGUCCUCUAAAUGGCUCUCUAUGAAUGUCCUCAUGCUGGAUGAAAAACGUGUGAUGGUGGAUGCCAACGAAACUCCAAUCCACAAGCUGUUUGAAAGUCUCGGUGGGUCAAAAUGUUUAGGGAUGCGUAUAGUUGUCAGGAGAGGUUAUAUUUAUUAGAUAUUAUCCUUCCUUCCUUCCUCACGCUUGUGAGUUCAGCAGAAUGCAUCCCUUUGCAGCUUAAAAGGGAAGCUUAGAUAGGUUAGUUUUAGCCUUUUAAUUUAAGUAAUCCAGGAUGCUUUAAGGAGGAAUGGAUUCUCCUGGUAUUUCCUAUGUUCUCCCCCCUGAAAACAAUAAUCACUUAUUAUUAUUUUUUUUUAAAAAAGUAAAACAGUCUUGUAAAAAGUAAAAAAUGACAUUUACUCAUUCAGUAUUCCCCAUUGAAGAACAGCAGAGUUAACAGCAGCUUUGUUCAGGCAGGCUUAAAAUGGUAAUCCAGUUACAAAUACAUACUUUAGUCUAGUUCAAAAUGGAGUCGGUGUGGCUCAGACUCAGCAUAUGUUAUACAUUGCUGGGAUGAGGCGAAAGAGCAAAGAGAAUGUGCCCAGCUGGGUGAGGAGAUUAUAUGUGGCUACACUUUCCCACCUUCAGGGCACACUGGGAGUGGCUCUCAAGAGUUCUGUCUAGCAAACUUACAGGAAAACUAUGAGCUUCAGCUCCUAUCAUGUGCCUGUCUAGCAAACAUGCACUGUUGGUUUGAUUGCAUUGUAAAUAUCCCAUGCAAUGUAGUGUGUAAAGGUAAAGGUAAAGGGACCCCUGGCCAUUAGGUCCAGUUGUGUCCGACUCUGGGGUUGCGGCGCUCAUCUCACUUUAUUGGCUGAGGGAGCCAGCGUACAGCUUCCGAGUCAUGUGGCCAGCAUGACUAAGCCGCUUCUGGCAAACCAGAGCAGUGCACAGAAACACCGUUUACCUUCCCGCUGGAGCGGUACCUAUUUAUCUACUUGCACUUUGACGUGCUUUCGAACUGCUAGGUGGGCAGGAGCUGGGACCGAGCAACGGGAGCUCACCCCGUCGCAGGGAUUCGAACCGCCGACCUUCUGGUCGGCAAGUCCUAGGCUCUGUGGUUUAACCCACAGCGCCACCCGCCUCCCUAAUGUAGUGUGUAAGUGAAGCUUAAAGGAGCAGCUAAUUGGCAGGGCUGCAGUGGCAUGAUGGAGAAGGUGACGGAUAUGGCUCUGCCCCAGGGCCUCUCUAGGCCAGAAACAGGAAAACCUGUGACUCCUCUAUGCAGGUCCUACCAUCCUUGGUCAUGCUGGUUGGAGCUUAUGGGAGUUGGAGUCCAACCGUCAGGCCACAAAUUUUCCCAUCCCUACUCUCUGGCAACUCUUAAGGCAGGUGUGGGGGACUUUUGACCCUCCAGAUGUUGCUAAACUUCAAAACCCAUCACCCCUGGGCUAUGCCAGCUGGGGAAGAUGCAGAGAUAUGAAGAACCAGAGUUCAGCCUGGAAAAAUAAGAAAUUUGAGAGAACUGAAAUUGUCUGAGCCAUUUGGGGGUAGCUUGGCCAAAAUGGCCUUGCAGGAGGAUCCCCACUGUUGGGAGAGGGGGUUCAAGCCCAAAUCUCCUUAAAAUAUGCCCCAAACACUCUAUGACACAUGCUGUGUUGUAAAGAUAAAAAAAGGUAAAGGACCCCUGGAUGGUUAAGUCCAGUCAAAGGCGACUAUGGGGUUGCGGCGCUCAUCUCGCUUUCAGGCCGAGGGAGCUGGUGUUUGUCCAGACAGCUUUCCGGGUCAUGCCUUCUCCUAAGGUAAUGCCUACUUUUGACAAUAAUGAGUUAAUUCCUCGCUCUGGGCAUUCGUAGCCUGACAGCGCUGUGACACACAUUAUUUUUUUAAUGAAAUUUUUACCCCACCUUCCUCCCAAUCUCAUUUUGCUGCAUUCACUGGGGGAUAUCCAACACUAGUCAUAAUAAUUAGUUCAUAAGCUAUUGAAUUCAGUGGGUCUGGGUAAAAAAGGUAAAGGACCCCUGGUCUUUUACGUCCAUUCAAAGGCGACUAUGGGGUUGCGUCUCUCAUCUCGCUUGGCGAGGGAGCCGACGUUUGUCCACAGACAGUUUUCCGGGUCAUGUGGGCAGCAGUACUAAACCACUGCUGGCACAACAGGACACCAUGACAGAAGCCAGAGCGCACAGAAAGACUAUUUACCUUCCUGCAGGAGUGGUACCUAUUUAUCUACUUGCACUCUGACGUGCUUUCGAACUGCUAGGUUGGCAGGAGCUGGGACAGAGCAACGGGAGCUCACCCCGUGGCAGGGAUUCGAACCGCCGACCUUCUGAUCGGCAAGUCCUAGGCUCUGUGGUUUAACCCACAGCGCCAUCCGUGUCCCCUGACUGUGUUGUAGAUGAAGGAGGAGCUGGCCAUGGUACCAGACAUGUUUGCACAGCUCCUCAUAACCCUGUGUGUAAAUCUGAGUCAACCUUCACCAAAGGGUCUUGCUUCGCUUCCUUUUCCUCUGCAGGCAUUUCGACAGUCAAAGUGAACAUCCGCCACGCCAAUUCCUUGGGAGGAGGCUUCCACUGCUGGACCUGCGACAUCCGCCGUCGUGGUACCCUGAAGUCUUACUUUGAUUAGGCAGGGUGCAGCUUUGUGAAGCUGCACGCGGUUAAGUUUGCAUGAGCUAGGCGUAGGCAAAUGAAGAAGAGGAGAUCGGUUUCACCUUUCUGCUUAAAAAGGGUGCGAGUGCAUGGACUGCAAUACUUGGGACAGUGCCCACCUCCCCACCCACCCCAACGGAGGUAACAUGAACAAUGUGCCCUAAGAGCCUAUUCACACAUUACACAGAGGCAAGCCCAAAAUGUGCCUGUAUGUUCCGUGGUUUUUUGGCCCCCCCCCCCCCAUUCAUGCAUAUAUUUGUUCAGAAGCUCCACUGUGGUGGACAUGGCUCAUUUCCAGAUGCACAGGAUUGCAGCCUUAAAUCACUAAAUCCACGUAUCUUUUUUAAAAAUUCCCUUUUUAGAAGAUGCCUACAUUUUCAAAGGGCUCCUGCUCCUCUUGGUUUGAUCCAGACUGUUAGUUGCUAUUGGGUCCCAACUGAAAUCAGUAGAACACUCUGUUGGUUAGAGCAUGGCGCUGAUAUUGCCAAGGUUGCAGUUUCAGUCCUUCAGGGUCCCUUCCAUUUCUACAAUUCUAUGGAAGUGACCUGUUGCUGACCUUAUUUCCAUAGGACCUCAGUGCCUCUGGCAUACUCUGAAUCUACAAAGCGCUGCUGAAACUUUUGUUACGUGAAUACAAUACUGGUAACGACACACACGAUGUAACAGACUGUAUGUAACUGUGUAACUUCUAUUUCAAAAAACAAUUCAACAUAUCAUAUCACAAUAUGAAAUUCCAUAGACCAACUUAUCAUAUGAGCAGAACAUAUUCUGAGAGAUUAAAGUCCAGCGGAUUGAUCAGGAGAUACAGUCUAUUCAGUUCUUAUGUUCAGUUCUUAUGUUAGGAACAUAAGAUCCUGAUUCGACCUGACUGGAAGAGUCUGCGACCAGGAGGAGGAAUACCAGGAAGAAUGGAUGGACUAUUUCACUAAAUAUGUUAAGAUAACCUAAUUGGAAAAGCUUGCAAAUAUUAGAUAGGCUUAGGAUUCAAAUAUGUAAGGAUAGGAAUUAAGAUGUUUAAAGCUAAAUUAGAAAGAAUGAAAGAUGUUAAGUGAUUAAGUUAAUUUUUUGAGAAAAUUGAUUUUGGAAACCUGUUAAAAUGAUAUACACUGAAAUUCAACCAGGGGGAUUUGAGGAAGUCACUUAACAAUGUUAUCAAGAUAAGUUUAAUUACGGUUGGGAUUUAUGUUAGUUUGUUUUAAAUUUUGUUGGAAAAUAAAAAAAAAUGGGGGGGGGGAAGAUCCUGAUUAAUCCGCUGGACUUUAAUCUCUCAGAACAUGUUCCGCUCAUAUGAUAAGUUGGUCUGUGGAAUUACAUACUGUGAUAUGAUCUGUUGAAUUGUUUUUUGAAAUAGAAGUUACACAGUUACAUACAGCCUGUUAUGCCGUGUGUGUCGUUACUCUGAAUCUAACCUUUCCUGUAUAGGUUCUGUAGCCUUUAAAACAACUUGGGUGCGCCCUCAAACGCUGUAAUGUGUGAAGUGGUCCUUAGCUCGUCUAGGCCAAAGUUGCAACUCCUCAUCAGCAGUACAGGUCUUCUGGCUGGCUUUUUGAAAGACUCCACCUCCCCGCGAAGUCCCUUCUUACCUUCACUUCCAGGAUGCACAAACUUCAACAGUACUUUUCAGCCUCAUAGAGGUCAACUGGUUGAAUACCGCUCUACAUCUACCUCUUUUCAAAAAGGCAGCUAGAAAGGUUAGACCUGAGUUUUAACAGAAAUCUUUCCAGUAUCUUUUCUAGUUUGAGUGUGUUUGUGGAUACACAUCACACUUCAUAAAAUUUAAGGCAAAAUAUUUAAAUACACAGAUCUUAUAUGGACCUUGGUUUUUACUGAUUUUGUAUAAGCUAUUUAGGUUAGUUUGACUUGUGUUGUUGUUGUUGUUGUUUCGAAAAGGUUAAGCCCCACGCCGAUGUGGCUGUAACUGAAUUUAUUAAUCAUGGAGGAAUCAUAUGCUCCCCUCUGUGGACCCUCUUGACACCCAUUCAUUGGAGUAGGGGAGCUAUGUGCUUGCAAUCCAUCACAAAGUCUGGGGAUCCUCGUGAAUUGAAUUUGGUCUGCAUUUUUAAGCAAACAUGCCUGAUUUGAGGGUUCCUGGUUUGCUACACAGACUGGCCCAGUGCUAUCCUCCCUUCUCUGUUCUUUGCGAUACGCUUCUGGAAGCAGUGGCCCGCUUCACACAUACACCAAACUAUGACAUUCAUGUCUGCUGAUGUACGCUGUCAGAACUGUGCCUAACUCACUCUCCCUUUCCUGUGCCGACAGGAAGCAGACCAUUGUGCCUACGGCUUAUGGUUCGGUGCAAAAUUGAUCCUCGAAGUCUGUUUCUUUCCAAACAAACCACAAGAGGGAGAGCUUUUUCCCAGCAGCAUAUACCAGGAUUGUUGCUUGUUCACAGCACGCCAUAGCUUGAGUUUCUUCGAUGGGUGAAUGCAAAACCAAGUGUGUACCUUGUCAUGAAAUGCACACCAAAAGAAUAUGCGGGAAACUGUGUGAUAUAAAGUUAUACAGUAUUUGCAAAAUUUGCCAGACCAGAAAAAGAUUGAUCUCGCCAUCCUUAAAGUUGGCACAACCUUUGCCCUUUGGAAUGGGAGAUUCCUAAAGGUCCACCUUAGGAGGCCAGGCCUUCAUAUAGAACUCUGAACCUCAUGCUUUUCCUAGAUCACUCAGUUGUUAGAGCAUGGUGCUGAUAACACCCAAGGUUGCAGGUUUGAUCCCCUCAGCUGCAUAUUCCUGCAUUGCAGGGGGUUGGACUAGAUGAUACUCAGGGUCCCUUCCACCUCUACAAUUCUAUGAUUCUACUUAAUAUAAUAAAGAAUUUUGCACGAUGCAGAGAAAAUGGGUUGAUAAUCCCCCCGCUAGAACUUGGGGACUGAAUGUUGGGAAGAUUCAAGGCAGACAAAAUAAAAGCCCUCAAGAAUGAUGAUGAUAAUAAUAAUUUAUUAUUUAUACCCCGCCCAUCUGGCUGGGUUUCCCCAGCCACUCUGGGCAGCUUCCAGCAGAAUAUUAAAAUACAAUGAUUCAUCAAAUAUUAAAAGCAGCCCUAACAGGGCUGCCUUCAGAUGUCUUCUAAAAGUCGGAUAGUUGUUUAUUUCUUUGACAUCUGAUGGGAGGGCGUUCCACAGGGCAGUGAUGGCUAUCAACGUGGAUGGCUUUAAAAGAAUAGACAAAUAAACGAAUAAACAUAAAAGAAUAAACAAGUAAGGCUAUGUUUUACUUCUGCUGCUUCCGAAUGCCAGCUGUUGGAAACCACUGGAAGGGAGAGGGGUCUUGAGUUCAGGUCCUGCUUCCAGGUUCCCCUUAGGUCUCUAGUUGGCCACUGUUUUCAUGAGGUGGUGGUAAUGACAAGAAAUUCAUCCACAUAGCCCCUUAUUCCAGUGGAUGGGUCUGUAGGUGGGUCAGGAGAUAGGGCAUGGUCAGCUUCCUACACAAUCACAUCCACAUAGUGCUUUCUACAGCUCUAGACUUUCUAUCUAGUGCCCUGGUUUAGGAAGUAGUUCUUAUUUCAAUGUAUCUUCUCUCGAUGAACAUCACUUCUGGUUUGUUUGUUUUUAAAGUUCCCAUGUGUGCCAACACAUUUGAUUUUGUGAGCUUGUUUAGAUAAAGGAAAGGCUUUUUUAUUGUUGUUGUUAUUAUUGUUAAUAAUCCUUAGCAGAAAUGCCAAAUCGUGGGAAUUUUAAGGAUACCCACCAGUGCUGUAAAUUAAGUUUUCAAUACUGAUUUCCUCAAUAUGUAUUUUUAUGCCGAU